GAGUCCUCGAGGGGGGGCGUCCAACCCCUUGCGGGGCAACUGAAUAAAACAGGAAGAGGGUCUCGCUCCCCAAGCAACCAAUCAGCUUUCAGGAUUCAUGCCAUCGUGAAAAAACUCCCUUUUCGGAUUAGAAAUGCUUGAUUAAGGAGUGGCAGUGAAAAGGGUGGAUGUUGAUAAGUCAUGUCGCAGCAACGAGUCCUAACCCAAAGUAAAGAAACUCUCCUCCAGUCCUACAACAAGCGGCUGAAAGAUGAUGUCAAAUCCAUCAUGGACAACUUUACAGAAAUAAUCAAGUCUGCAAAAGUCCGAGCUGGCGAGUCCUUAAUGAAGCUGGUGUCCGAUCUGAAGCAGUUCUUAAUCCUUAAUGACUUUCCUUCGGUCAACGAAGCCAUCAACCAGCGCAAUCAGCAAUUGCGGGCUCUGCAGGAGGAAUGCGACAAGAAACUCAUCGCCCUGCGGGAUGAAAUCUCCAUCGACCUCUACGAACUGGAAGAGGAGUAUUACUCUUCCAGGUACAAAUAAAUCCAUGGAGAAAUCUCGGGGUAAUCAGACUAUGGCCUCUUUGGGUUGCAUUCUGAAACUUUUUUAAACUCUUGGUUUGUUUUGUUUUUUUAAACCCGUGCUUAAUAUUAAAUAUUUCCGGGGUUGGUUCUGUCCAUCCUCAAAACCAUCAAGCCACUCCUUUUUCCUUGCUUGCAAUUCCGUGCAACUUUUAAAAAGGGAAAUGCCCCAAGACAAUCUUGCUAGUUUGGGAUUUAAAUGUGGUGGUGGUGGUGGGGAUUGCCCUCGGUCUGCAAUCGCCGGGAUCUUAUUUUAAUUUAAGAGUUCGAUGAUGUUCUUAGUUUUUUUUUAAAAUCAUAUAUCUUUAAUAAUAUAUGCCAGUCCCCUAAUGAUUGCUGCAGCUUUAUUAUAAAUAAAACUCUGGUAGGAUAAAAAAAAA